AUGGAGUCGCUGACCUGGAUGGUCUUCAAGACAGGGCAGCUGCAGGCGCGCGUGCUGCAGGGACCGGCGUCCGACCCGCGCAGCUGGCUCCACUCGCCCGAGUCCAUAGCUCUGUUAGAGCAGGUGUACAUGAUAGGCCAGGCGGUGGCGGAGCUGGGGGCAGCGGCGGACGGCCUGUAUUACGCGGGCGGCGUGGCAGCCAGCAACGGUCAGCGCGCUGUGGCGUCGCUGGACUUUGCGUCGCUGCUGAACCGCUACCUUGCGCAGCACGGCGUGACCCUGCGUGAGGCGUUCGUGGCCGAGCUGCCUUACGACGGGUUGCAGGCCAAGGCCCUGCACGUGGGCGCCUCAUUGGAGACGCGCUGCACUGUCCACCGCCUGGCCUUUGAGCGCCUCAUAGAGCGGGUGGGGGCAGAGGCAGCCCCGGCAACGAGCACGGUCGCCUGGGGCAGCGGCGUCGCCACCACCACCAUCUCCAACACCACCAUCAACAGCGCCCAGGGUGGCGCGGCCCAGGCCAGUGCCACGUCAGACGCCGCCGCCACGUCGACGUCGGGGCCGCAGCAGCAGGGGCCCCUUUCGAUGCUGUUCAUCGCGUUGAUGGCAGUGGGCGGCGGCGUGGUGCGUGUGGUGGUCGCGAUGGUGACGCUGGUGGGCGGCCUGCUGGCGCGUCUCUUGGCUCUCGGCGCCGUCCUUCGCGCCGUCAGGGCCGUGUCACAGGGCAGCAGCAGCAACAGCGCAGGUGGCACUUCUGCCAGUGCAACGGCUGACCGCGAGGUUGCGCAGCGCUUGCAGCCGGCGCUUGCCGCGACAACGGCGGUGCCCUUCCCUGUCGUGGCGGCUGCACCCCAGGCGCCCUCUUUGCCGGUACCGGCGUCCACAGCCUCAUUGGCAGACAGCAGUAGCCGCACUGGCGGCACUGGCGGCAAUGGCGGCAACGGCGGCAAGCCUGGCCCUGGCGCUGCCCUGCCUUUUGACCUGCCAGCUAUCCCCAACCCAUUCCAACGGAAGCGGCCCCCGCUCCCCGCAGCGGCGGACAGUGCAGCGCCGGUGUUCACCAAAAGUGUUGCCUACUUUGAGGCGCUGCGGUCCUCUGCGCAGCCAGGGCCUAGCCCCCACACACUGCCGCGUGCGUUGAGGGCCAAGUCCGGUUCAGACAGUGAGGACGAGGUCGGCUGGUGA